AGUGUUCGCAUUUUAUGCCGAGCUACAUACAAAAUGUCAAACUUUUGUCGUCUGCGAUGACUCCUCAAACUGUGUUCAUGUCGCGCCAUCUAGUGGCGAAAAGCCGCAAAGCAGGUGUAAAUAAAACCCCACUUCUCGCGCGUGCGCAGUGCAGCCCAUAGAGCGAUGUAAACAUGGCAGCCUCCAGUGCUCGCUGUACUGCACGCUGGCUGUCAAGCGGUUUACCUGGACUUCGCAGCACCUGUGCGCUUAUAAAGACCUCUAGACACGGAGAUCCUGCAGCUCUGAGGAUAUGCUGGAUUCGCAGUUAUGUGAAGGAGGGUACUUUAAGCUGCUGGAGGCACAGAGGAGGUGUGACAUUGAACAGGGUACCAGUGUUGAGAAGCCACAGUGUUUUCAGCUCUCAUUUCUUCCACACGACUCCUGGGUGCCAUCAGCAGGACUUCUAUGAUGUUUUGGGGGUUCCUCGGACUGCCUCUCAGAAAGACAUUAAGAAAGCCUACUACCAGUUGGCCAAGAAAUACCAUCCAGACACCAACCCGGAUGACCCCGAUGCAAAAGAGAAGUUUGCCAAGCUGGCAGAAGCCUAUGAGACCCUCAGUGAUGAGCUGAAGAGGAAGCAGUAUGACACUUACGGUUCUGCCGGUCCGGGUGCGAGUGGGGCGGGGCAGCAGCAGCAGUACUGGAGAGGCGGGGCCACCGUGGACCCAGAAGAGCUGUUCAGGAAGAUCUUUGGAGAGUUCGCUGAGGGGCGUGGCUUCGGCGACCUCAACUCCAUGUUUGAACAGGCACCUGAAUUUGUGAUGGAGCUGACGUUCAUGCAGGCUGCUAAAGGCGUGAAUAAGGAGAUAACAGUCAACAUAGAUGACGCCUGCCCACGCUGUGACGGAAAAGGUCACGAGCCGGGAACUAAAGUGUCACAUUGUCACUACUGCAAUGGAACUGGCAUGGAGUCUAUAAGCACCGGUCCGUUUAUGAUGCGCUCCACGUGUAGGCGGUGCAGUGGGCGGGGCUCUAUCAUCAUCACUCCUUGCAUCAUGUGCAGAGCAUCUGGACAAACCAAACAGAAACAGACCGUCAUGGUACCUGUGCCUGCAGGUAUAGAAGACGGGCAGACAGUUAAGGUGCCAGUCGGGAAGAAAUACAUUUACAUCACAUUCAGGGUCCAGAGGAGUCCAGUGUUUCGUCGUGAUGGCGCUGAUAUCCAUUCUGAUGUGAUGAUUUCAGUAGCACAGGCGAUACUAGGAGGAACAGCCAGAGCACAGGGCCUGUACAGCACCAUCGACAUUGUGAUUCCUCCAGGCAUUCAGACAGACCACAAGAUCAGACUGGCAGGAAAAGGCAUCCCACGAGUGAAUAGCUUCGGCUAUGGAGAUCAUUAUGUAUAUAUCAAAAUCAAAAUUCCUAAGAAACUGACAAACAGGCAGAGAAUGCUGCUCUUAAGUUAUGCAGAGGAUGAGAUGGAUGUGGAAGGAACUGUUACUGGAGUAACCAGACCAGCCAAAGGUAGUUCUCAGGCCGGACAGACCUCAGAGUCAGGGCAGAGCAGAGAGGAAGAGCCAGAGAAAGAGGAAGGGGGAUUUUUCUCCCAACUGAAGAAGAUAUUCACCUGAAGAUCAUGGAAGCCAGUAGUCUUGUGAUGUUUUAGUGUAGACUUGGCCAAAAACAAGAAGUAUGAAAGGAGUACAAGAAAGAAGCGCACUCACCCAGCAGAGGACAUCUCCAAUCACUCCACACCAUCUCCAUAAUGCUCCUACAGAUUAAUUGCUGAGGCACAUCAGCAUUCAACUAAUUUUGAUCCUUUAAAAUCAUGGAUUAAAAGCAAAGCUUUCAGAAGCUCCACCAAUUCUCAGCCUGAGGAUGACAUGUUUAAACAGUGCUGUUUGGUAUAUAAUGUUUUAAUGGGGAAUGUCUGAAUAAAUGGUUAUAAUCUAUAAUUUUUGUAAUUUUAUUACAUUUCUGUUUGUUAGGAUUAACAUGAAAGGCUAUGAUUUAUUGUUAACAUAGUCCAGGCUAAUAAGCAUUGCUAACAACCCUUCAGUUGUGACUACAUGAUAAAUAAAAUUUGUAGUCCUCGAAUACAUUUGUUUUACUGUCUUUUUAACUGUAUCAUCUGUCUGAUUUUACUGGAAAAUGAAAUCUAGUAGGCCUACAUAAAAUAAAAACAGAUAACACUAAUAAAGUGGGAAAGACCAUGAUUUAUCGUUAGAAUAGUCAAGGUUAAAGAGCAUUGCUUUAGCUGUGACUAAAAAAAAAUUGUGUUUAAAUACAUUUGCCUCAAAAAUAAGUCUCUUUGAUUCAGUCUGUUUUUAAACCAAACAUAACAGCUGUCUGCUCUAUUUUUUUAGGGUUUUUUUCAUGAA